AUGGGCCUCUUCUGUGGUAACCAAAUUCUUUCUUUAGUACCCAAUUGCUUUGUCCGCCCUAGGGAGGCUCACAAGGCUGCCGAUGAAGCGAAAGCUAGGUUUGGGCACAUUGAUGGGGAUCACCUCACGCUGUUGAAUGUAUACCACGCAUAUAAGCAAAACAAUGAGGAUCCAUCAUGGUGCUAUGAAAAUUUUAUCAAUCACAGGGCACUGAAGGCUGCUGACAAUGUAAGACAACAGCUUGUGCGUAUCAUGGCCAGGUUUAACCUCAGGUUAUGCAGCACAGACUUCAACAGCCGUGACUACUAUGUCAACAUAAGAAAAGCUGUAUUAGCUGGAUACUUUAUGCAGGUUGCUCACCUGGAACGAACUGGACACUACUUGACAGUGAAGGACAACCAAGUGGUGCAUUUGCAUCCUUCAAAUUGUUUGGAUCACAAACCAGAGUGGGUUAUUUACAAUGAGUAUGUCCUAACCAGCCGAAAUUAUAUUCGGACUGUGCUAGACAUUCGUGGUGAAUGGUUGGUAGACGUUGCACCGCAUUACUAUGACUUAGAUAACUUUCCACAAUGUGAGGCCAAGCGGGUUCUUGAAAAGCUUUACAAGAAGCGGGAGAGGGAGAGGGAGGAGAACAAGAACAGAAAAUGA